GCGGGGCGUGGAGGGCGUGGGCCAGGGGCGGGGCGAGCCCCGCAAACUGGGUGCUCCUGGGGAGCUGUCAGUGUCAGGCUGGGAGAGAGGAAGUGAUCGCUCGCGGAGGAGCGCGCGGAGCCGCGGCGGGCGCAGCGUGAGACAGUACAUCCUGCGCGCCGGGCAGCGCCGCCCUCGGGAGCCGCCCGCGCACCGCCAGGCCGCGCGCCGCCACCUCCGCCCCUCGCUGCCGCCGCGUCCUGGAGCCCAGUUUGCUGCUGCUGAGCGUGUCCAGGAAACCAACAUGUCUGACAAAAGUGACUUAAAAGCUGAGCUGGAGCGCAAAAAGCAGCGCUUAGCACAGAUAAGAGAAGAGAAAAAGAGAAAAGAAGAGGAGAGGAAAAAGAAGGAGGCUGAUAUGCAACAAAAGAAGGAGCCCGUUCAGGACGACUCUGAUCUGGAUCGCAAACGCCGAGAGACCGAGGCUCUCCUGCAAAGCAUUGGUAUCUCACCGGAACCCCCUCUAGUGCAGUCGCUACAUUUCUUAACAUGGGAUACCUGUUAUUUUCAUUAUUUAGUCCCAACCCCUAUGUCUCCCUCUUCGAAAUCAGUGAGCACUCCCAGUGAAGCUGGAAGUCAAGACUCAGGAGAUCUGGGACCAUUAACAAGGACCCUGCAGUGGGACACAGACCCCUCAGUGCUGCAGCUGCAGUCAGACUCAGAACUUGGACGAAGACUGCAUAAAUUGGGCGUGUCGAAGGUAACUCAGGUGGAUUUCUUGCCUAGAGAAGUAGUGUCCUACUCCAAGGAGACCCAGACUCCAUUGGCUACUCAUCAGUCUGAAGAGGAUGAGGAAGAUGAAGAAAUGGUUGAACCUAAAGUUGGACAUGAUUCUGAACUUGAAAAUCAAGACAAAAAACAGGCUGUAACGGAAGCCCCUCCACGGGAGCUGACAGAAGAAGAGAAACAGCAGAUCCUGCAUUCAGAGGAAUUCCUCAUCUUUUUUGAUCGUACAAUAAGGGUAAUUGAACGAGCAUUGGCAGAAGAUUCUGACAUCUUUUUUGACUACAGUGGUCGAGAAUUAGAAGAAAAAGAUGGGGAUAUUCAGGCUGGAGCCAACCUUUCUUUCAAUCGUCAGUUCUAUGAUGAGCAUUGGUCCAAGCAUCGAGUGGUCACUUGUAUGGACUGGUCUCUCCAGUACCCGGAACUGAUGGUGGCCUCCUACAACAACAAUGAAGACGCUCCUCAUGAACCAGAUGGAGUAGCCUUGGUUUGGAACAUGAAGUUUAAGAAAACCACACCAGAAUACGUCUUCCACUGUCAGUCCUCAGUGAUGUCCGUCUGCUUCGCCCGUUUCCAUCCCAACUUGGUGGUCGGUGGGACUUACUCAGGCCAGAUUGUCCUGUGGGAUAAUCGUAGUCAUCGAAGGACGCCAGUGCAGAGGACACCCUUGUCAGCCGCUGCACACACGCAUCCUGUGUACUGUGUAAAUGUUGUUGGGACCCAGAAUGCUCAUAACCUCAUCACUGUCUCUACUGAUGGUAAAAUGUGUUCCUGGAGCCUGGACAUGCUCUCAACUCCACAGGAGAGCAUGGAGUUGGUGUACAAUAAGUCCAAGCCUGUGGCUGUUACCGUAAUGGCUUUCCCGACAGGAGACGUCAAUAACUUCGUGGUCGGCAGUGAGGAGGGUACAGUCUACACAGCUUGUCGACAUGGAAGCAAAGCAGGUAUUGGUGAAAUCUUCGAGGGUCAUCAAGGACCAGUGACAGGAAUUAACUGCCACAUGGCAGUGGGCCCAAUUGACUUUUCACAUCUGUUUGUCACAUCGUCAUUUGACUGGACCGUCAAACUGUGGACCACAAAGCACAACAAGCCACUCUACUCCUUUGAAGACAAUGCAGACUAUGUGUACGAUGUCAUGUGGUCCCCCGUGCAUCCCGCGCUCUUUGCCUGCGUGGACGGGAUGGGGCGCUUGGACCUCUGGAACCUCAACAAUGACACUGAGGUUCCAACAGCAAGUGUGGCUAUCGAGGGGGCAUCUGCCUUAAACCGGGUACAUUGGGCUCAAACUGGCAAAGAAGUUGCCGUUGGAGAUUCAGAAGGCCGUAUUUGGGUCUACGAUGUUGGAGAGCUUGCAGUUCCUCACAACGAUGAGUGGACCCGAUUUGCCAGAACUCUCGUGGAGAUUCGUGCCAACAGAGCCGAUAGCGAGGAAGAAGGCACAGUUGAAUUAGCUGCCUAGUGGAGGCCCACAGCCCUCACCCCAGUCACCCACCUUCCUGGCCCGAGAGCUCAGCAUCCCCAGUCCUCACGUCUGCUGUGCUCAGUGUGUCCAUUCAGUUUCAGUAUUGCUGUGACAUUUUGGGUGCCAUAUUGUGCCAGCUUUGCUACAAACGUUCCAAAUUCAUCCCACUGUACUCUCCAUCCAAAGCAGAGCAUUUGUAUCUUUUCUGUCUCAAAAAUGAGGGGUAGGGGGUGUGGGUGGGAAACCUUUAUGGGUUUGGUUGUUGCCUUUUAACUACUUAGUAGCUGUAUUUAAUAGCUGGAAACCUCUGGUUAACUUUAUGCUUACAUGCACUUAUGGCGUAGUCCUAUUAAAUCCAUAUGAAGCCAGAUAUGAUUAGGUACAGAUGUGGUGUGCUUCAUGAUACGGUACAGGGCCAAAGACUUGAGAUGUGGUGUUUCACAUGGUGACUCACAUUAUGAAUGGAUUUACUAUAAGAACAUUGCUGCUCCUUAUUUAUUGUGGUGUGCUGCAUGGAAUGUAUUUAUUUGAAAGCAUUAAAAUAAACGAUCCUAGAGCAUGUUCAUAAUGAGAGGACUGCAUUGUCUCUCUACUGCUGUUGGGGUUACAUUAAGUUCCAAAUAACAAUUACAGUAUGCCCGUUCCACUGAAGACAUGAAAUCUUUUAAGGUUUGUUGCAAUGAAUGGAAUGAUUUUUAAUGCCUAUUAUUUCUAGGUACUUUAACAAUAUUUCAAGUAUAGUUGAUCAUUGAUACUUGUCAUUCAAGCAAACACAGCUCUACAAAAAACCUGUGGUUCCUAAAUAUGACACUAGUAUUGCCAGUAAAAUGUUUCAAACCA